CGUUUGUUAAGUUUUAGUUAGUGAGAGAAGCCAGUUUGUGUGGUUGAUGUGUGUAGCAAGCAAUAGCAAUAACACAAAGGUGACUGAGGAACGGGAGGAAUAUUUUAUCGCAGCAGUAAUACAAAUCUACACACGAGACGUGGUGUGAGUUCCAAGGGAAUAAAUACAGAGAGAACAGAAACGAGGACAAAAUCUGUAGAGUUGCUUCAACUUGCUUGGAAACAACAUUGUAUGAGUGGAUGGCAACGUAGCGUUGGAUGGAUAACCAACGCUUUGACAUCGUAAGAAACAGCGCACUCUGAGCUGGGGGCUCCACAAAGCAGCGAACAUUGAUGCGACCUGAGUACGAGGCGAAAUGCGCCAGAAAUGUCAUCCCUCGCGGUAGACGUCUCUUAGGCCGGAGGGAUUAGCAACAUUUCCGAGUUGCUUUCUACUACAUUUCAAAAAAGCAUAAAAAUGGCAGCGGAUCAACCAAGCCAAAAACAAGGCAAGACAACGGCCACCGCGGCCACGUCGCCCAAUAAUGCCACCAAAAAGCCAAAGGAGCGAGUUCCUGUCAAGGAAGAGUUGACUCAAAUCAAUCAGUAUCUCAUGUGUUCAUUAUGCAGUGGAUACUUGAUUGAUGCCACUUCGAUAAUCGAGUGUCAGCAUACCUUUUGCAAAUCUUGUAUUUUGAAGUACCUCGAGACAAAUGGUUAUUGUCCAAUUUGUGACAUUGAGUUAAACACCGUGAAGCCUCAUUUGAGUCUCAGGUCGGAUGUGAUUGUGCAGCGACUAGUCUACAAAUUGGUUCCAGGUCUGCUUCUCUCCGAACUUCGGCGUCGGCGAGAGUAUGCGGAGAGCAAGGACGUCGUCAAAGCUGCAGAAUCCGUCUCGGACACCAUGGCUUUGGAAGUGGAUGCUGCCUCUGACUUAUCCACGAUCCUCUCCUUGGACGACGUUGUUAGUCUGUCCAUCGAGUACUACAGAGGUACGGACGCUAAGGAUGAGCCGAAACCGCAACCUGUGCAGCAGAAGCAAGACAAGCUUAACCAUCCACCAGGUACCAAUAUCCACCAUCCAAUUGAAGAUGUCAACUGCUCCAAAGAUUCCCCAAACGAUGAGACCAACGACCGGAGAUACCUGAAAUGUCCUGCGGCUAUCACCAUUUCUCUACUCAAGAAAUUCAUCCGAAUGAAAUACGGUCUACAGAAUGACUACAGGGUUGAUUUGCUGUACAAUGGAGUUCGUGACAAGAGUCUGGAGAGCGACCUAACUCUGCUGGAUGUUGCCUUCAUAUUUAAAUGGAACAAGAACGAACCGAUGCGAUUCCAUUACCGGAUUUUCGACCGAACGGUUAAAAGCCUCCCAACCCGAGCUGGGAAACGAACUGCUUCAUCGAUGAUGGAUGAGCCUCCAGACGAUGAUGCAGCAUCUGGCCCCCACAAUCGACCACCAAUGACUUCCGCCUCCCCAUCCUCCAAACUUCCUCGCGUCUCCAACAGCAGUUCAACUGGUGCUAACACCAACAGCGGCAGAACAGGAGGGUCUGCACGGACCACCACCACCCACUACACCUCAGCCCCCAUCUACGACUUUUCUGAAGGUAACUCUGACACCGAGGAACCCAUCCUUCAAACAGGGAAGCUUAAACUCCGAGGUUUCCGGAGGGAAAAUAAUAGUGCUAGUAUUACUGCUAACAAUAGUAAUAGUAAGAAUAGUAAUAAUAAUAAUGAACCUAGUAGUAAGACUGGUAGUCAGGCUUUAAAGAGGUCCCCGUCAAACCUACGAUCUUCAGUGGUAGAAAAUAGGAGAAGUAGCAGCAGUGGAAAAACUGCAAGUCCUGCUCGUAGUAAUAGCGUGGGUACAUCGCAUGAUGACACCUCUGAAGAUGCAGAGUCGGAUUCUUCUUCCUCAGAAUCUGAUUCAGAGGCUAAAACGGCACAGUUGACAAGCACUAGGGUGAGGUCUGCUGCACAAACCGUGUUGGCAAAUCAGGUGAACGGUGCCAUAAAACUGAACAUGACAUCUAGCAUUGCGGAAAAACGGGAGCCCUUAAGGCUAGCAUUAGGCUCCGUCACUGCAAAAAGUCUGGAGCAUAAGCAUAAACACAAACACCAUCAUAAGAUGAAGCACAAGAAGAAGCACAAGCCGCUGAAAAUAAGCCUAUCCCUUAAUCCGAGUUCACAUGCAGGUGGAAAUAACCGAGGGAAUGUAAACCAGAGUCAAAAACAGAAAUCGGAAGGUGUUGGUGGUGUGGCAAAAAUUGCUUCUUCUUCUGAAAGAGAGAAAGGCAGCAGCAAUAACAAACUGAUUUCUGGACAAGGACAGAGCAAGAACAUGGAAGGGAGCUGUGAUGGGCCCAGUGGGAGUGCAAAUAGUCAAAGCAAUUUCCCAGUCAAUGUAAAACCUACAACUUCCGCACACCUCAGCAACAUCAGCAAAAGUAUCAGUGUGAGCAUUGGAGUUGGAAACAACAACAAUAGUUCCACUGCAACAGCCAGUCAAUCGGGGAAAAAGGGCUCAACAUCUACAAAUUUACUGUCCAAGAAAAACUCGGGAAUUGAAGUCCAACCGACAACAAUUUCCGCCCAAGCAACUAGCAGCAGCAAUCCAUCAUCAAACUCCAAUCAGUUUCCAACAACGUCAACUAGCAGGUCACAUCCACUCCUUCCUGAGUCGGUUCAUGUCCCCAAGUCUGUGACACUGAUCCCUGUGAACCCCAGCGGGAUGAGGACUAGUAGCGUAUCAGAUAAUGUUGUUGGUGGCGGAAGAAGCAUGAGCUCGUUGUCGGAUAAAUCGGGAUCGGGCAUCACCACUUCAAACCGAAUGACGAACGCAAACACUUUUACUCACUCAAUAACCAACAAAUCCUUGCACCAAAUUCCAAACCAAAUAACCGUGACGGAAGUCCCACCACCACCUAAAUCAGGAAGUAGCAGUCCAGCGAGUGGUGGCACUAGUGGAGGAAUAAACGUCGGGAGUGCUACAAAUAGCUCGGGUAGUAAUAACUCCUCCAGUGGACCCUCUGCUACUAAUAAUCCCAUUGAAAAGGUCAUUGCUGCAUCUCACAAACCUCAGUUCAGUGGGCCGGGUAGUAUGGAGAUCACAAAGAUUUAUUGCAACACCACAAAAGAAAACCCAACCACAAAGAAGCUGAAAGAAAGGAAGGGUCUCGAUAUCAGCAUCACCGUCCCUGGGAUGAGCAGUAUUAAGGAUAAAAAGACUCACAAGUUGGAGGAAACUUUGAGACAGAAAAUGGGAUUGAACAGCUCAUCAACCGCAAUGACAAUGAGCAACAACAAGAUUACUAAAGGGAGCAACCAGACUCAACCAGUCCCACUUUUCAAUGCAAAAAUGCCUCCUGGGAUUACGAUCGGUCCAGCGGGGGUGACCAAGAACAGUAUUUCUGGCAAUUCCAAUUCCAAUUCAAAUACUUCUGCCUCUGCUUCUAAUUCCGGAAGUACAAUUGCUGGACUAGGGUUCACAUUGCCCCCUCACAUCACAGCACAUCCCCAGCACCCACCAGCAAAGCAGCAACAAAUGAUAGUAGUGGGCAAUCACCAGAUGAAACAAGGAGGGGAUAAGUCCGCACCCCACAAAAAUUUGAAUAUUAGUGGACCAUCCAAGGGUUCUUCUCAAAUCGGAGUUGUCGGGGCAGCGGCGAACAAAGAGCGAGUUCCUAGUGGUGGUGGCGUUACUCCCAAAGGGUUACAAACCAACAAAAUAUUUGACAACAGGAAACAAUUGGGAGAAGCCCUCGCGUCCAUGAUGGACAUGGCCAACCGAAAUACAUUAAAGAGUCCUUCCCCACCAAAGAAUUGUCAACAGACUAAAGAACAACACAAAAGUGCUGGUGGGACAAGUAAGUUACACCAACCAAAUAUUAAUACGAACAGCGAAAAGAGAUCCAUCGACAUGUCAUCAUCAUCAUCCAGUCGUAAAAACUCUCGAGGAUCUCCUGAGCCAAAACGUUCGAAAACUAAUGAGUCGUCGUCGUCUUCAUCUGUUUGUAAUCCGAAAGGCUCAGCCAAUGAAAGUCCAUUGGAUUUAUCUGGGACUGGCAGAACCAACUCGAGACCCAACUCCAACUCUUCCUCUCCUAUCCAUCACCACAGCGUGAAAACAGUUCAUUCAAACUCGUCUCCUUCCAGUCAAGAAAAGGUGAAACACAAUGAAAAUAUGCUUCAUGCAAACAACAAUAUGGUUCCCAAAAAAUCUCCAACAUCGCUGCCCAAAGUCUCGCCUCCAUCAUCUUUGGGGAAAUCAAGUGGCAAUAAGGGAUCUGGAACACCCACUGGAUCUUCGUCGUCGUCCUCUUCCAUUUCAUCCAUCGUUCAAAACCUGGCCCAGAAACAACUCCACCAGCAGCAACAUCAAAAGGAACAAUCGUCUGCUCACAAUCAAAUCAUGCACUUACAACAAGGAUUGCAGAAUAUGCAUGCAGCAAGUAACCUCGGUGGUGGGAAUCCCCAUUCUCAUCCCCAUUCUCAUCUUCAAGCAGGGAAAGGUGGUUCCACUUUGUCAUCCCUGCUUGGAAAUUCACUCAGUCCUAAAGGUCUCAACUCCAUAUCUCCCCCCAUGACGACCAUGCCAAACUCAUCCCCUCCAAACACUGUGUUCGAUCCAUUAAGAAAUUUAUUGACCUUAUCUGAUGCUGCUGUGGCUGCUCGUCACGGAAAAGUACACCCGGCCAUGAAUAGUCUCAUGUCUGCAGUGGGCUUAUGCUCAUCACCAUAUUCUCACCACGCUGGACUUUCGCCCACCUCUGUUACAUCCGGAUCACUUUUUCCCCAACUUGCCAGCUCUCUCGCAGCAGCAGCCGCAGCAGGGGGAAAGUCACCCGGGGGAAUGUUUGAUCCUGCACAGGCUUAUUUGGCAGCAAUUUCUGCCCACAAUGAGCGACUUGCUGCAGUUGCAGGGAUGAGUCAAUUUCACUCUGAUUCUAUGAGUCCACCAAUGUCAAUGGCAAGCUCUUUCUCCCAGGUUAGACCUUCGUCAAACAGUCCUCAUAACCAUCAUCACGGAGGUCACGGGGGUUUAAGAAUCCCCCCUUCGUCAUCCCCAGUCCAGUCAAAGACGGGCGGAUCAAACAAUAACUAUGGGAAAAAUAGUAAUAAUAAUAAUAACCACAAGCAGCAGCAGGGUUCUUCUCCCACUUCCCCACUCUCUUUCGCCCACCCUCCUCCUGCUCCCCGUUCUCCAAGCAGUAAUAAAACUACAAACUCCUCUUCAGCGUCUCAAGUCUCAUCUUCCUCGUCACAUUCCAAGUCGCAUGACUCUUCAUCCAACAUGAAGAAUUCGACGGCGACGACAGCAACGACGACAACGACGAGAAUCAACGGAACCAAUACAUUCUUUAACAACAAUCAUCUCCCAAUUCUUCCACCUGGGAUUCACAAUCCGCUUUUGCCGACUUAUCCUCGUUCGCCAACCACGACUAAUUUGGUUUCAUCCUCCAGUAGCAUCCGUUCACAGAGUCCAAUAUCAUUAUUAUCAUCAUCAUCGUGCAUCACUAAUAAUGCAACUGCAAAAUCUACGAGCUCUUCCGACAAGAAAGGGAUUCCAAAUAGUAUGAAAAUAUCUAAUUUCCUCCCGAGCAAGCCAAAGGGCCAAGACAACUCGAACGUUGAAGCCACCAUAACGAGUGGGAGUAAUGUUGGUGGGGGAGCAAGUUUGACAAAGUUUCUCAGCGACAUAUCGCCGCCCAGUAUAUUGGUGACCCAAGCAGCGCAAUCAAAUUUGUCAGUGUCACCCGCAACAACUCUUCCGAAAGACGUUCCUUCUUCAAGGGGUUUCGUCAGCACGCUCCAUAAUAAAUCAAGUAAUGAACAGGAAUGUCUCUCAAAAUCCGACUCGAAACAUACCUCUCCUUCUUCCAAUGUGGUGUCCUCCUCCUCCACCUUUUUCAAGCACAAUCCGAUUAAAGUAGAGCCAGCCGAAAAGCCAAUUAUUUUAAGCAGCAGCAACAUCCAAUUAAAGUCAAACGCUGACCCGAUUACCUGUCCAACGAAUGCUUCCACACCCAACAAGUCAGGGCUGAAAAUGAAUGAAGAAAUGGCUAAAUCCAAUUCCUUAGAGAUUAAAUCCGAAGGAGCAACAACGUUGAUGAGCUCAAGCUCUCCUGCUAAAGGGGGACAAUUUGGCUUGGGACUGAGUCCCCCAGCCGCCCGUACCACCACCACCAGCAGCAGCAACCAGCAGCCACAAAAUCAGGCCGUGAGGCAUAUUCCAAACCCAGCAUUGCUAUUCAACCGGUUGAAUAGCUGCUCCCCAUCAAGUCUCGUUACAUCUCCGACCUCAGAAACACCAAACUCUGGAAAAUCACUUCCUUUCAAAAAUCAAAAGUCUCCCGUAAAAUUAGAAGAGGUUGUUGCGUUACAAGUGCCAGCCCUCCCAUUUCCAGGAGUGUCUGUUCCCGUUAAAGUUGACGUGGAUUCUCUUCUUUCUAUUCCCAUCUCAAAUACUGUGAAAACAAUUCAACCGACAGAACAUUGUGGUCUCAAACCUCUGACGAACCCCGGUCUAGAUGAAACUACAGAAGAAAAAGAUAACCAGACAACAACCAAGAAGACGGAGGAUAAUUUAUUAAUUGCUCCAUCGCCAAAUAAGGAGGUUGACAUAAAGCGCGAAUUGACUGCACCACUUGUUUCAGAACAAGUAAAAGCAGUAAAAGACGAAGAAGAAGAAAAAGCAGCGACUAAUGAAAUCAGCAGGAGCACUAAGUCAGAAGAGGAAAUUGUGAAAAUAGAGUAUACCACUGAAGAUGCAGAUCUCGACAUCGACAUUGUGGGCAUUGAGACCGAGACUCCCAUCUGCCCGGGUAGCAACGACCCAGCAACAACUUUUACGCCCACUGAAUCUCUUGAAUCCCAAAGUGAGAAAGAGAUUGAACAAAAAACUACACGAAACUCUGUAGCAGUUGUCGAGUCGUCUGGACCACUCGAGGACAUACCGUCGUCAUCGUCAGCAUCAUCAUCAAGUCAGUUUGUUAAUGAAAUCACAGCCGCAAAUACUUGCGAUCUUAAUGAGCCGAAGAAGCAAGACGACAAGUCUCCAACUCCAAAAUAUCAACAUGAACAUCAAAGUCUGCAGACAGAUUCACAUCACAUUAACGUUACCAGUCCUCCGUCGAUAGUGUCUCUUGAGGAAACUGAGACAAUUCUGUCAGGAAAGCCCGAGUUGCAACUGGUGUGUGCUUCCGAAAUAGCGAAAGUAACCGAGGUAGCGAAGAACGAUGCAGAAGGCGUAGAGAAGAGGAGGCAAGAUGAGACUGAGAUCCGAGUCGUGGAGGCAACGACUGAGGAAGAGCCAACUGGUGAAGUUGAGACAAACUUGAGUGGGAUGGAAGUGCAGCAGCAGCAGAAAGUGAUGGAACUUGCUGAACUACUGGGGAAAACUGAGGAGGACGAGAAAUCUGUGGAAUCCGGAGAAAUGACAGGCGAAUCCGUCGAGAUGGUUGACACUCAAGCUGCUGCUGAUACUGCUGGCGGAGUUCAAGUUGAAAAACUCCAACAACUCAUCUCAUCCAACAAAAGUGCUGAAUUACAAAUUGAGGCGAUGGAGUGUGAAGAAGAACAAGUUUCCUCUUCAUCACUCACGGAAUCCAUUGAAAAUCAUUGCAUGGAAACAACAGAGCAAGAGAAGCUUGUUGUUGAUGAUGAGAUUUUGAUGGAGGAGGAUGAUGCCGAUGAGGAGAUGUGUAUUGAUGCAAAAGAGGAUUCUAAUAGCGAAAUUGUAAAAGAAUCCGAAAAUGAUGAUCUCACCAUGCUCGGUUGUACACUAGACCAUAAAUUGUCUCAAGGGCAUGAGUUUUCCGCAGUCACUAAUUCAUCAGCAGUAGCAGCACCUGGAAUUGCAAUUGCAGUAGCUCAGGAACAAAAUCUCACUGUUUCUACUGGUGCUACCGCUACUACAACUACACAGGACAUGGUUGUCGAUAAUAACAUUAACAACGUGGCUGCUGAGCCCAGUUGCGAGAAUGAAAAUGCUGAUGCUGUUAUGAGUUCGGACAUUCAAAUGCAAGCAGAAUAUUCUUUGAGCUCUUGUUCUCAUUCAGAAACCGAAUCUAAUUCUACUCUAAAUCAAAUAAGCAUAAAUCCCGAGGUGGUGGUUCCCAUGCUUGACACGAACAUUAUGAAAAGUCCACGUGUUGAAGCUGCCAUUCAACCAACAUCAUCAUCAUCUUCCAUCGACUCUGCCGAUGAAAAAGAAGGAACUCAAACUAAUACGCAACCGAACAACAAUAAUAUAGAUCAAGCACUGAAGGAAGAUGAUGAAGCCGAGAAGAAGAAAUUGAUGAAAUCAUCAUCAAGUUCACAGUUGGAGCUGAAUUGCCCUUCAGCGGAUACUAAUGAUAUUGAAUUGAGCAAUCCUCCCGUGACCAUUGUGGCAAAUGCCCAACUCUCCAACAGCUCUUCAUCCAUUUCCGUCGGUCACGUUGCUGAGCAUAUUGAGAGUCCUGCUGAUGUCUUGAGUGCAUGCAAAAAUGUCGAAGAAGACUCAUCCAAAUUAACCGUAGAACAAUGCACAUCGCCAUCGAUUGGGUACGUGGCAGAGGAAUCGCCGGUCUCAAGUAGUGUGGAGAAUGAAAAGGUAGAAGAGAUUUGUCAAAACACUGCUCCUGUUCUCAAUAUGGAACCGGCCGAUGAGUUUACAAUUGAGACUUCCAUAAGUCAUCAUAAAACGGACGAGGAAAGCACGGCUGCUGAUCCAAACGUAGCGACAACCCAGGUUCCAGAUCUAUGUUCCUCAGAGUUACUGUCAUUACAAUCGCAGUUGGAUGACGGUGACGUUGAAGUGACUGAAAUUGAGCCUCAAUUAGUUGAAACGGCUCCGAUUUCUCCAGUUCCAGCAGUCACUUUCUCUUUGGACAACUCGAGACUUAUUUCUGCCACGGCUACGAUUACAACAACGACGGCGGAAUUAUCCAACAAUGUCAUGGAGGCCAGUUCAAUGGAAUCGCCAAUCUCCUCCAGAAAUUCCCUCGAAUCUCCCACCUCGCCGGAGGACAAUAUUAAAAAGAUUGAAACUUUAGAACAAGUCGCAGCUGGUCUUUUUGCCACCAACACCAUGAACAACAACAACAACAAGAGUUUGACAAUUAAUGCUCCCACCUGCGAUAUUGCCAUUAACACGACUAGUGCAAGCGACAUGGCUACCGUAUAAAGGCUAUUACCAUUAUCUUCUAGUUUUUGAGACAAAUUUUUAGCUAUCUAUUUACAUGAGAGCAGUGCACUCGUAUCGAACACAUCCAACAUUUCGUGUCUCUGAAAAGUAGUGCAUACAUACAUAUUACAGUAUUGGACCAACAAGAUUACAAGCAUACGUUCAUAUAUGUACAUAUACGGUAUUAUUACCAGGAAAUGCAUAAUGUAAAUUAGACAGAAUCAGUCAGAUUUUGAGCAUGGUGAAAAAAAUCAGUAAUGAUUGUGUUGAAAAUAAAUGAUAAAUAUUAGUCCUUGUAAAUAUUUACAUAAUUAUUCACUUUUUAUUAGACGCAAUUUAUACAUACGAGAAAUACGAUUGUAAAUUGGCAGGAAUAAGAUUGUAAAAUUUGGCGAACAAUAAUAACGAUGUCUAAAACAGUAUUCUACUUGCUAUAAAACCAGAGUGGUAGUCGCAUCGCAUGAAAAUUAGCUCGUCUCUGAAGAUAGAUUCGAGAAGUGUAGUUGCAUGUGUGGCAUGAAUAUUUAUGACGAGCUGUUACGUACGAUUGUGAGAAUGGAUGCAAUGCAACAGUCAGUUUCGUAGAGGUGUGGUGACCUCAAUUUUACAUUAUUGUUGUAAAUCUAGUGCACAUCAGUGUCGUAUACUAAUUCUCGACCCAAAGUGUUACGUUGUUUUUCCCAACCACUUUUAUUAAAUCACGUUGUAAGUUAUUGCAUCUUAAUGUUUUUUAAUGCACCACACACUUAUUCAAAGUUAGCUACAUACGUAUGUGCAUAAGUAAGUCGAGCCCGUGUAUAAAGGAUUGCACUUGUUUUAUUUAAGCUAAUUUGUUUAAGAAUGUGUAUCACAUAAUAAAUAAGGUUCGGUUAAGUUAAUCUUUGCAGAACUAGCUUUAUUUGUAAAAAAAAUGCAGGUGAAAUUUAAAUAUUUCAAUCCUCAACACAGAGAUAUCCAAAGAUAAUGUGCAGAUUCAUGUAUAGUAGGUUUAUUUAUGUACCUUAUGACAUAGGCGAUGAGGUAUUGAGUGGCAUGUAAAAAAUAUUUAAAAGUCUGUGAAAUGCAUGAAUCAAUAAUAAUCAUUUAGUGACAUGGUUUAUUAAUUGUUAUUAUGUACGUAGAUGUUUUGUUAUAGUGUAAAGACUGAAAAUGGUGACAGUUUCGGGCAAGAUUUGUACGAGUUGUGUGUUCGAGUUCGAUGUAUAAUCAUUAUUUUAAUCAUUGUUAUCAUAACUUAAGAUUAUUGAGUUGAAGUGUGGCAAGCAAAAACGUACAAAAACUGAUUAGAUGAAACAGAACAGGAGUGUGUUAACUGCUGGGUAAUUAUUUGGAUAUUCGUAGUAGUAUUUAUGGGAUUACCAGGUUAAUUGUGUACCCAUCUUCCUAAAAUAUAAAAAUAAGCUACCGUUUCAUAAAUGAAGCUACAAUCUGAUUAGUUUAGGCAAAAAAAUCCAUGCCAAGAGAAAGCGUAUUAAAUUUACUUCAGUAACUGUUGUGGUUGUCUUGUGUCUGUUAAAUUUUCGGGCAUAUGCUACUGUAAAUUGGUUGAUUAACUUAUUGGAUGGGAUGUCAUGUAAGAGUUGAGAGAACGUAUCCGGUUCGAAUUGUAGUCCAGUUCAACAAAUGUUUUUGGUGGCGCAAUUGUACAUACAUUGCGACCACCAAUGUUAAAAUGGUAAGACUAAAAAAUAUAAACUUUAUUAAAAAGUAGUAGAGUAGAUAAACUUCGCAAAUUGUAGGUCUUGUACACUUAUUUAGCUAUUAUAUUAAUUAUUGCUUUUUAUCGAGUCCCUAUUGAAAUACGUAUUUUAGAAUAUUUUGUUUCAUUUGCAAAGUGCAGUAGUUGACUUAUUUAUGUAUUGAUGGUGUUUGAAGGAACUAUUUCAAGGUUUAACCUGAAAUGAAUGGAUGGUUUAAAUGUCGUUUGACCGUUUCCUGUUUAAUCAUAGGUAUAAGAAAUAAGUAAGAUAAAAUGAACAUAACGUGUCGAUAUCAUCCAUAUAUCGUGUAGUGAGUGCCGGUAUUUAGGAAAAACGGAUAAUAAAAAAUGUAUGAACAAUCGAA